AUGUCUCUUCCACCAAAGUUCAAGGGCCAGAAAUUGGCCGCUACAAACAUAGAUCAAUCUCCGCAUACUAUCGAGCUUUAUCUUGACUACGUUUGCCCAUUCUCCGCAAAAAUCUUCAACACAUUCUACACCUCCGUGAAACCACUCAUCGCCGAAAAAUACAGCUCCAAAGUGCAAGUGAUCUUCAGACAGCAAAUCCAGCCAUGGCACCCAUCCUCCACCCUCGUCCACGAAGCCGGUGCCGCGGUACUCAAGGUCGCUCCCGAGAAAUUCUGGGAAUUCAGUCAGGCUCUUUUCAAAGAGCAGAGGGAUUACUUUGAUGAGAAGGUUGUUAACGAGGUCAGGAAUGAUACGUAUAAACGUCUUGCGGCGUUGGCGGCUACCGUCGGCGUGGAUGAGAAGAAGGUCUAUGACCUACUUGUUAUCAAGGAAGCAGGCGAGGGUGCGAACAAAGGGAAUGGAGUGACGAAUGAUAUUAAAUUGAUAGUCAAGGCAAAUCGCGUCAUUGGUGUGCAUGUCACUCCUACUGUCUUCUUCAACGAUGACAACAGCGAUGAGAUCGAGACCCCGCAAAAGACCACGAAAGUUGGAUUGAAGCUUAUCGACGACAUCAAACAUGCGACAGACAAGAGUGGACGGAUUAUCGCGAGUAACUUCUAUGAGCUUCCGGACAAGAAAAAACACCCGGACUACUACAAAGUGAUCGGACUUCCGAUAUCUCUCAACCAAGUGAUAGAGAAAUUAAAUAAGCAUCGCUAUGCGACCCUCACAGAGCUUGAGAGUGACCUCAAACGACUAGUCAGCAACGCAAAAAAAUACAACGAGAAAGGCACGAUGCUCUUUGCCGAUGCAGAGCGCAUUCGAAAGAUAGUCACAGGCACUAUGCCGAAAAUCAAUCCAGCGUACAACGACCCUAACUACGCACCAUUCCCAACUCCUAUUCCCGACCAGAAUGAGUCGACGGAGACGCCUGAAAAUGAGGAUGGUGAGGAAGAUGGUGAUAAAGAUGAAGAAAACGCGGAAGCAGAUGCAGAAGACGACCAAGCUUCUGACGAGGCGAUGGACCAAGGCGAAGACGAAGAGCUGAAUUUCGAGGGUAACACGAUACAGCUUGCUCAAGAUAAGAUCAUAUCAGAAAUGAUUCCCUUGAGAGACGACCAGGGAAGAGAAGUAGGAGGCCCCUUUCUUUACAAGCCGGACAAGAACUUGUACAAAGAAUACUACGAGAUCAUACAACAUCCCGUCUCUUUGCGCAGUAUAUUGAAACAAGUCCGCGGAAUCGAAGGAAGAAAGCCACACAGCCACAAAACGGCAUUUCCAACUUGGCAAUUAUUCGCAGAUGAAAUGGAAUACGUAUGGGGGAAUGCUCGAGAGUUUAACGAAGAAGACAGCGAGAUUGUCGACCUCGCUAACAUCUUGGAGGCUCAUUUCAAGCGUCGUCUUGCCGAAGCAAAGAGUGUUGUACCGGAUGACCCCGUAGAUGAGACGAAUCCGCGUAUCAAACUCAAAUUGGGAAUGAGUAAAACCCCAGAACCACGACUGACGUUGAAAUUUGCUGGCCAAAAAUCUUCUUCGGUCGAGGCUAAGAUGCCCGUAUUGGCAUCUCUAGAUGGUGAUUCUGUGCAGAGACCAGGCUCGGCUGCACAUCGUGACACUCCAGAUUCUUCACGACUAGGUGGUCUUGGACAAAGUCCAAUGCCUGGCAAGAUAAUAUCACCUUCGCCCUCCCAAACCCCGAUGCCAUCAACAGCCGGCGCAGGCCUCCCUAACCCGUCAAUAAAUGGGAGUGAUCAACUCAGUUCUUGGCCCAUUGUACCGCAACGUCCAAGCUACGCUUCUGUGCAGUCCUUAUUCCGAAAAGCUGACGAAGGGGUCUCAGACGCAUUGAUCAAGAAUCUGAGCAUGAAAUCCCACUCAAGCUUAGGUCCUCAUCCGAAAUUCAGUCUUAAUGUUCCCGCAUCCCCGGUGAUGCGACAGCAGUCAGUCGUGGUGAAUAUACCCGCAUCUCAGAGCUUCGUAUCACUGUCGCUCAGCAUCGCGCCAAACUCGGCACAGAGGCGAACGAAGUUGAUUGCCUUGUUUGGGCCGCAGAGAGCGCCUAUGUCUCCACUGCCUCAUUCUACUCCGUCCGAAUUAAGCUAUGAUGUCAGGCUGGCUGCUGGUCUGACGAAGAUUGAGUUUCAAGUGGUGUCGCUGCGAGGCGCUGGGCAGGAAGGUGCCAAUGGCUAUGGUAGAGGGCACGAGGAGAAGAAGGAUGUCGAGCGUCUUAUUGUAUUUUUCAGAGUGAUACGAUAG